AGAUGAUGAUCUUGGUGGGGAAGUGAUCAUUGAUACUGAUGAUUGUGAUGAUAUUAUUGACAUAUCUGAAGAUGAUGAAAUACUUGACAUAAUUUCCAUUGAAUCAUUAGCAGUGUGCAUUAUUUUACAUAUGGUACAUGCUAUUGCAGUUCUAAGGGUCAACAACAUGUGGACUAGAGAGUAG